AUGGUCGUCUACACUCCUCUCCCGCUGUCCCCCUCGAACCGCAAAACCCUCAUCAGCUCCGCCCUCUCCGCACGAGACGGCUCGUACUCGCCCUACUCGAACUUUAGGGUCGGAGCGUGCUUGUUGACGGACGAGGGGGAGUUUGUGAGCGGUGCGAAUGUCGAGUGUGCGAGUUACGGAGGAGCCAUCUGCGCCGAGCGAACAGCCAUCGUCAAGGGCGUCUCUGAGGGCAAGCGCCGAUUUGUCGCUCUGGCCCGACGUCAACGGAAUGGUCUCGCCGUGUGGGAUUUGCAGGCAGGUCUUGAGGGAGUUUUGUCCGCUCGAGAUGCCAGUCCUCCUCAUCCCCUCCUCUUACGUCGAAGGCAAGACCCCGACCAAGACCGCGACCGAGGCGGAGGGCGCAGACACGGAGGAUACGGUCGUCGAGACAACCAUGGGGGAGCUCCUCCCGCUCUCGUUCGGACCGGAAGACUUGCGGAAACCGCGGCCGGGUGCGGGAGAGGGGAAGGCGUGAUGAGGGUGAGGACGGCCGGAGGGCUGUAG